GUCUGGGAUAUGGGGGUCGCCACUUCCAGACCUUCAACCUUCAACAACACGUCCCUCCUAGCAGCGCAAAUACCGACUACGACUCCAAGACGAAGCUCGAGCUUUUAGCACACGACGACACACGACACGCUGGAAGCAACCCGAAAUACCAUAGAACACAUCGAGUCGGCGGAAUUCCCCUCAAAAUGAAGGCUGGUGCCCUCCUCGCCAGGAGAGCCUCGGCUUUUGUCUGCCUCUCCUGCAGGAGCAGACAGCUCCAAAACAACAACAGCCGCAGGAUACUACUACAAGGCUCACGACGCCACUUCUCAUCGACCCCGUCCGCUGCUUUCCAGUCGUAUACCCUGCCCAGCCAUGAGCCCUCGGCACGGCCGCGGAACGCCGACGUCCCCGAGACCUCGAUAACGAAGCCGAUCGAAGUGCCGCUCCCGCGCGUCCACGACACCAGGCCUCCCGAGGGCCGCGACGGCAGCAGCCCGGCUAUCGCCCCGGAGGCCGAGGCGCAGACCCCCGCGGCGGCGGCGGCGGCACCACCAUCAGAAGCCGCACCCGCGACGUCCACUACCUCAGCGACGGCACCGACGGCCACGGAAACCACGCCAGCGAACACGCAGGAACCCCUCCCCAGCGCGGCAAAGAGGCCAUCGAGGCUGAGGGCGCCGCGCAAGGCGGCGAUGCGGCUGACGCCGGCGGCGGUGGAGCAGCUACGGGCGCUCCUGGACGGGCCCGACCCCAAGCUCAUCAAGGUCGGGGUGCGGAACCGGGGCUGCAGCGGGCUGGCGUACCACCUCGAGUACGUGGACCAGCCGGGCGCCUUCGACGAGACAGUGGAGCAGGACGGGGUGCGGGUCCUGAUCGACUCCAAGGCGUUGUUCAGCAUCAUUGGGAGCGAGAUGGACUGGAUCGAGGACAAGCUGAGCCAGCGCUUUGUGUUUCGAAACCCGAACAUCAAGGAGGAGUGUGGCUGUGGCGAGAGCUUCAUGGUGUAAGGUCUACUCGAAUUAAUUCUUGGUGUCGGCGGUUCAAGCAUGUGGCUACAGUAGAUAUAGAGAUAUAUGGUAUCACCUCCAACUAAUAGACUACCAACCAUGAUCUGUUGCAA